ACACACACACCCAAGCCCUGUUCAUCCGGCCCCCCGUGCAAGAUCGGCCCCUGCCAAUGUAACUCCGUCAGCUGCCCAUGGAGUUCUAGGCGGGAAGCGGCAGGUAGAGGCGUGCCAUGGAUUGCCCCAUCAAGGAGGCGCUCUCAGUGGUGAGCGAAGACCAGUCGAUAUUUGACCCAUCCUUCGGCCCCCCGCAACUCCUGAAGACAGAACUGCCCUCGGUUGACGACUACGGCGGCAAAGAGAGCCUCGGCUUGGAGGACACUCAGUGGUCCACCCAGAACAACCACAGAGGCCACGUGGUGAAGCAGGAGAAUGAACAAGUCAACUGCUCCGGCAGGCAGUCGCCUGUUGAAUGUAGCGCCACCCGGAGGAACAAAGCAGGAGCCACUGUGGACCCCUCCCAGCUGUCAUACCCGGGGGGCUACAACAACCCGCGCAACAGCCCCCCAGCCAACCCCCCCAGCGAGGAGAAAAGGGUCAUCGUCCCAGCAGAUCCCGGCGUCUGGACGCACGACCACGUCCGCCAGUGGCUGGACUGGGCGGUGAAGGAGUACAGCCUGCUGGACGUGGAUCACAGCCUCUUCCAGCACGUGGACGGCAAGGAGCUGUGCAAGCUGGGGAAAGAGGGCUUCCUGCGACUCACCACGCCGUACAACGCGGAGGUCUUGCUGUCUCACCUCUCGUACCUGCGCCAGAGCAGCCCCACGUUCACCUACCCAUCUGUCCCUGUCAUCACUCAGCAACAACCCCCGCCUCCACCGAGGGCCCAAGUCAAAUCUGAGUCUACCUACGAGGAAAUCCGACGGAGCAGCUGGAGCGGCGGCCCGAUCAACACCACUCCCAAAGGCUCCCCGCCACAGAUCCAGAGCGUCGGCCGGACUCCUGAUUCUACACGCGUCACACCAGAUCCAUACCAGGUCCUGGGACCCACUAGCAGUCGCUUGGCCAACCCAGGCAGCGGACAAAUCCAGCUGUGGCAGUUCCUCCUGGAGCUGCUGUCGGACAACAGCAACGCCAACUGCAUCACCUGGGAGGGGACAAAUGGCGAGUUCAAGAUGACGGACCCCGACGAGGUGGCACGGCGGUGGGGUGAGCGCAAGAGCAAGCCCAACAUGAACUAUGACAAGCUGAGCCGGGCCUUGCGCUACUACUACGACAAGAGCAUUAUGACCAAGGUGCACGGCAAGCGGUAUGCCUACAAGUUCGACUUCCAGGGCAUCAACCAGGCCCAGCAGGGGCAGUCGGGGGAGCCCGCCCUCUACAAGUACCACCCCACGGACCUGCCUUACCUGCCCUCUUAUCACCAGCAAAAAGUGAGCUUCAACCUCGGCCACGCCGGGCAGAUGCCUGCCUCCUCGGCCAGCUUUUUCGGGGCACCCUCCCCUUACUGGAAUUCCGGCAGCGGGAACCUCUACCAGAAUCCCCCCGUUCCCAGACAGGCCGGCAACCACUUGAGCUCUUUCUAUUAGCCCCCGAUUGCUUUGAGGGCGUGAAGCUACCAGGGGACUUUGAGCAGCCGGAAGAUCUGGUUACUGAAAACACCAGUCAACCCCUUGGGACUAGGAGACCUUCUGACCCACCUUCUGAUCCACAAACGUGUGCAGAGAGGAGAGUGCUCUGAGGUGAAAGCCUCUCAACACCUCUCCUUCUGUCACACCACAAAGCCAUCUGAUAUUCACCAUUAGGACUCAGCACUAAAAUAUGCUUAACUGAAGGAAAAGGCGGGGCGGCCUAGAGCCCCCAGGAAAAGAUCCUCUCUGGGGCCCCCCUUCGUACCCUCCAGCCCCAGCCCAAUUAUUGUAUAAAACACAGCCUCCCC